AUUGUUAAUAAUUUAAAAUUAGGUUUGACAUCAACAUAUACCCCCAAUUCCCCAACCGUUCGUUGACUUGUACUCGUAAUAACGCGGAAGGAGCUUGCAUGAGGCUUAUAUGGGGAGCUACAUAACUCAACACCCCAUCAUCAAUAAUACAUUUUUAUUAUUUUCAAUACUAUAAAUACCUCUUUGAUUCCUCAACUCCAUUCUCAUCAUCUAUUCCCAUAAUCCUAUCCCAAUUCAAUCAUCUAAAACAUUCUAACAAUGGCUUCCGCUGCUCUUUUCUUCCUACACUUUCUCUUUCUGUUGUCUAUUUUCCAACCUUCACUUGCAACUAGACGACUCACUGAGUUAGUCCAGAACUCGUCUCCCCUUUUGCAAUACCACAACGGUGCCCUCCUCACCGGCGACAUCUCCGUCAACCUCAUUUGGUAUGGCAACUUCAAACCCUCCCAGAAAGCCAUCAUCACCGAUUUCAUCACCUCCCUGUCCUCCGCCUCACUCAAAUCCCAGAUCCAACCUUCCGUCGCCACAUGGUGGAAGACAACAGACAAAUACUACUCGAAAACAAAGAAACCCUCCCUCCGACUCGGUAAACAAGUAUCCGACCCGGAUUGCUCACUCGGGAAAUCAUUAUCAGACAAACACCUCCUCCAGUUAGCUGCAAAGGGUGAACCGACGAACGCCGUGAACAUCGUGUUAACGGCAAACGACGUGGCAGUUUUUCGUUUUUGCUCCGGUAGGUGUGGAACCCAUGGCCAUGGAUCAUCUUCCAUUGUAAAAGGUAAAAACAACAAGUUUGCUUACAUCUGGGUUGGCAACUCGGAGACUCAGUGUCCUGGUCAAUGCGCGUGGCCAUUCCAUCAACCGAUUUACGGACCACAGGGUGCACCACUGAUCGCACCGAACAACGACGUGGGUGUGGAUGGAAUGGUGAUAAAUCUGGCUACUCUUUUGGCUGGAACUGCUACAAAUCCAUUUGGAAAUGGGUAUUAUCAGGGGGAUGCUGGUGCACCAUUAGAAGCUGCAUCUUCUUGUUCGGGGUUGUAUGGGAAAGGGGCGUAUCCAGGUUAUGCCGGAGAUUUGUUGUUGGAGACGACGACAGGUGCAAGUUUCAAUGCACAUGGUACAAACGGGAGGAAGUAUUUGCUUCCUGCUUUAUUUGACCCCUCUACUUCUAAAUGUUCCACUUUGGUUUAACGAAAGGAAAGAGAAGAAGGCUCUUUCUUCUGGUUUUUGUAUAAAAUAAAAAAUGAAAAGGAAAAAAAAUGUAGGACAUAGUGUAGGAGUGUACUCUGUAACUUAAAAAACUAUGUAUUCGUUUAUUCAUUUUAAUUACCUAAUAUAUGCUUUCAGUUA